GCUACGGACUGGCCCACAAUUCAUUGCGCUAAACAACAUGGAUGGCCUCAGAUGACAUUUUUGCUGAGUUGAUAGAAUUAUUGGCAGUCCUUUUGGCAACUUGACGCCAGAAUAUCGACUACGUCAUCAGAUAGGAUGGUGCUAGAGGUAUAAAAAAUCGGUUUGUGGUAGAGAAGGACAGCAGGCUGACCUGCCCAGCAUGGAGGUAGUGAACAUGGAGGAACUCAUCCAGGACCUGACUUGUGCUCUGGAGGAGACCAGCAAGUCUAAGGAAGAUUUAGAGCCUGAGGGAGAGGUGGAGGGAGCCUGUGCAGCCAGCCCCUGUCAGAUACGCCGGAGACAGGCCCGGAAGAGAAGGGGGCGAAAAAGGCGGUCUGACCCUAAUCCCAUCUGGGAAUAUGGGAAUAUUAGUGAAGCCUCAGAAUCAAGCCUUGAUGAAGCCUUGAAGGACUAUAUGGAGAAUGUGACACAACAACAGGAAGAUGAUCAUGACUCAGACGACCUCAUCAUGGCCAAGAGACUGUUGUCCCUAAACUUCAACUCCACUGCCAGCAACAGACACUCCUUCCACUCUGAAUCAGACACCUUCACAGACAGUUAUAGCAAGGUUCGCAGUGCUCGUCCCAGUCGGAGAAGAAAGUACAAACGGAUGGCUGUCGACCCUCAAGGCACAGUAGGCAGCCCCAUGACCUCACAGCUACCUAAUGGACUGCCUGAUUAUAUCCCAAGAAAACGAAAGCAACUGAAAAAGGCAGGAAAGGGUCUACUGAAGGAAGGAAGCCAAGAUGAAGAUGCGAUGGACAUAGAAGGCCUGAGGUCUGGGCAGUUUGGUUAUGACAUCAAGAAGUUGAGAAUGAAAGACAGCGAGCAAGACCAAGCCAGAACUGCAGGGGAACAGGACUCCAUGGACUGCUAUGAUGAGGGAGGGACAAGCAAGGAGGGAGAUGCUGAGAGUGUGUUUGAAAGUGACUUGAGUGGAAGUGAAAGUGACAGUGGACUCUACACCAAUGAUGAAGGACGAGAAGGUGAUGAUGAGCAGAGUGACUUCUUCCACGAGGGUGCAGGGCCUGCUUGUGGUAUCCCAGGAGUUAUCCAAUGGUGGGAGGAGGACAAGAUUGACUGUGAUGACCAUGACCCUAAAUUUGAACAGAUACUUAAUGGAUCCUUACCCUUCCUGACUGAUGUGCCCAGAGGCUUACAGGCCAGGACAAGUCGGCUGCUGGGGAGAUACUCCAACAAGCGGAACAUCAAAUCAGCAUGCAGGAGGCUGAAAGACAGGAAGAAGAGAGGUCCCAUGUACAGCACCAACAAUGACAUGAUGUCAGGAGACUUCUCAGCAUAUCAAGAGAUUUGGCUGCAGCCGCGGAAGAAGAAGGAAAAAGAUCAGUCUCUAUCAAGCCAUCACCACCUGUUAUAUUCUUAUGGGCAGUCAGGACACCACAAAUGUGGAUCUGCAGACAACAAACGACGUAGGAAGAUCCCACAGUCAUCACCAAUGGCACAGGGAUAUGUUGGUGAGAAUGCAGACCCAAUCCCAGACAACAAUAUAGGCAAUCGAAUGCUGCGAGGAAUGGGCUGGUCACCUGGCCUGGGCCUCGGAGCUGAAAACCAGGGGAUGACGCAGCCUGUCCGAGCAUUCCUUCGGCCUAAAAGGUCAGGCCUUGGACACAUGUAAAACCUGAGGGAUUUUCAAAAUGACAUAUAACUGGUACAUGCCUUCCGACUUGUGACAAAGCUGUCAUCUACAUUUGUACUAUGAAGUAAAGCUUUUUAUUACAAUUUAUUACAACUGGGGGAAGGGUCACCUAAACAACAUAACUAACAGGACUGUAAAAAGUCACUUGUUGUCUAGGCCAGCUUACUGGGUAGGUAAGUUUGGUUAUUUCUAACAUUCUCUCCCUCAGAACGUUCACUUGAUGAACAAUCUAUGAAUUCAUCAGUAGUAGUCCACAUGCAUAUAUACCUGCACUUGCACCAAGACAUAAGGAUAGCAAACAUAUUUUUUAUGAUUAUUGGCAAUUUCAGUAUGACAUUAAAAUCAUUUGUGAUGGGAAAAUCUGCACACAGGUUAGUUGCAUUACAUUGUACUUUAGCUUGUGUAGGAAUACAGCUGGGUCAAACUAAUGGUUUUUCUUGUAUACCUGAUUUUUUUUCCAUUUCAAUAAUCUUUGAUCAAUGUUGCAAUCAUCCUUGGUGACAAUGAAGAAUUUAAUUGACUGAAUGUUAACAGAGUCAUCAAGUUUUGAACUAGACUAGCUACUUCUGUUUGAGCAAGGAAUAUCUAGGGUUGCAUGAUGGAGUUUGUAAUGGUUUGGUAAGAAACAAUGGACUGUUGAAAUGAAUCAUGUCAAUGAAUUAAAGCAAAAUGUAACACUGUGUUUCCCAAAAUGAAACAAUGUUUAGCAUUUACCAAGUGACUUGUGAGUGGCUAAGACAUCUGUGGUAGCUUUGUGCCAUGACUUCCAGGGUGCAGGUUAUCAUGUUCACACAAAGGUGUUAUACGUCAAUUGUAGUAGGUGUCUAGGAGGUGAAAGUUAGAAGAAAUAUGUACACUUAUGUCAACUAAGGGAAAUAAUGAUACUGAACAAAGCAAAGAACAUCUAUAUGUUGCAAAACAGAAAAGAUUGUGUCAAAUUUGAAACAUUUAGUCAUCACAAUGUUUGGUGUUUGGUGCCUUAGAAAUUGAUCUAGACAUCAUGCCCACACUUAAAAGGUGGCAAUGGAAACCAUGUCAGAGUGAAAUCAGUCCAAUGUUAAGAUCCAACACCCUUUAGACAAGUGUUACUGCUACAACAGUGAAUGGACAGUUGACUUUGUGAUAUGAACCAUACCAUGGAGCAAUGUGUACCAGUGCCAUCAGUCUUCCACCUACGCAAAUCUUGGCCAAGAAAUAUGAGGAGAUUUGGUGGGUACAAAGCCGUGGCUUUACUGUGCACAAUGACUAAGUGGUUUCAGCAUGGGCCAGUUCAGUGGCAAAUUGAGUAUUGGAAAGGAUCGAUAGCAAUGAGUGCAGGUAUCAUGUUGGCAGAUAUCAAAUGUGACAUCUUGAUAGAGUUGCCUAUCAACAUGUGUAUUUACAUUGUGAGCACAGUAUUACAGCAGCAAUAAAUACAGAACAAGGAA